AUGGAGGCUAAUUAUGAGCUCUCCUUAUUCCGAUUCAUAUUCAUCUUCAUCAUCAUCGUAAAAUCAACGGCGGCAGAUGAUGAUCAGCUCGCUUUGCCCGGUUGCCGGAGUAGAUGCGGAGAUGUGGACAUCCCAUACCCGUUUGGUCUCUCUGAAGAUUGUUACCUCAACAGAAAAUUCAGUAUCAGAUGUGAAAAUGAUAACUCCACCGGACGACCUACUCCGAUCUACGGCAGAAACCUCGUCGUCACCAACAUUUCCGUCCAACUCCACGAGAUAACCAUCAACUUGUUCGUCGCCCGAAGAUGCUUCAACGAGUCGGGUCAUCAGGUCCGGUUAAACAAAACCAGCCUCGACCUCACGACCCUCACCGUCUCCGGCUCCAAGAACAGCUUCGUCGUCCUGGGCUGCGACUCCUACGCCUUUCUCAACGGCUUUGAGAACGGAACCAACUACUCCAUGGGCUGCAUGUCCAUAUGUAACGACCGCCGUGACGUGACGGACGACGAUGGUUGCUCGGGAAUCGGGUGCUGUCAGACAGAUUUGCCUAAGAGACGACUCAAAAACCUGAGUAUAAAUCCUAAAAGCUUCAGCAGACAUCAAAGCGUUAUGAGCUUUAACCCUUGUACGUAUGCCUUUGUUGUAAAGCGAAAUCAUUUCAAGUUUUCUAGGGCUUUUUUGGACGAUUUCCCGGAGAAAGAGCUGCCGGUGGUUGCUGAUUGGACGAUCCAGAAGGACGCGCCCUGUCGAACCGAAGCUCGAAACAAGUCGUUUUGUGCUUGUGGUGGAAACAACACUGUCAUCGAGCCCACCGCCGUUGAUGGCAGUGAGACUCAGUACCAGUGUAGGUGUGCGGAGGGUUACGACGGCAACCCCUAUCUCCCUACCGGUUGCAAAGAUAGGCCUUCGAUGAAAGAAGUGGCAGUUGAAUUGGAAGGGCUAAGGAAAAAGGGAAAGCAUCCUUGGGCUAAUGAGGAUGAUCCAUUGAUUGACCAUUUGGAAGAGACUGAAUAUUUGAUUGCCCAUAAAGACAAUGACAGUGGAGGUACUAAUGCCAAUUCUGCUUAUGAUAGUAUAAGAGACCAUGUAUUACUAGAUUUUAGUGGAAGGUAA